GAGUAUUUAUAGCGGUUGGACCGUACCAAUGCAGAGGUAUGUUUAAUACACGGAUUUAAAAGACGUCAUUAUAGGAAACUCUACAAUUGUCAUAUAACGCUUACUUUUUCAAUAUCAUUUUUUUUCACGUGUUCCAAACUGAAAAUACAUGUUUAGCAACACAUAUUGCAUUACAUUUGAGAAAACCUUUCCUGUUGACACAGUUGGGCCCCACUAUAUAAAGCGACAGCUUAAACACUGACCAAACAAUGUCUUAGCGACAAACUAGAUGUAUUUCUGUUUAUGAUAAAGAAAGAAUAAUACAGAAUCAACAUAGUUAAGAAAGCCAACCUAAUUUUUUGGUAGACACCUACACUUUAGAAUGCUUAGUGUUGUAAAUACAACGCUACUACGCACGCAUGCGUGCUUGUGGUAAGGAAAUGUCUUAGAUAGCCUACUGCUAUGGUUAACGAUUAUUGCAGAACUUUAUGUUCAUUGCCGUAUUAGUCUUUGAUACACCUACACAGUGAACCUACAGAAAGUAUGGCACUAGGAAAACUCAGGAAAGAAGAAACUCUCGUUCUUCGGAAGAAGUUAAUCGGGCAGUCAUGUCGACUAUUCUAUUCAGAAGACCCUGUUAAAAUAGUUAAAGCAAGGGGCCAGUUUCUAUUCGAUGAAAAUGGCAAGCGCUAUCUGGACUGCAUCAGCAACGUUCAACAUGUGGGCCAUUGUCACCCCAGCAUUACAAAAGCUGCGUCAGCACAAAUGGACCUCCUGAACACAAAUUCACGAUUCCUGCACGACAACAUAGUGAUGUAUGCAGACCGCCUGGCUGCCACCCUGCCAGAGAAACUGUGUGUCUUCUACUUUGUUAACUCUGGUUCAGAGGCCAAUGAUCUUGCCCUACGCUUAGCACAUCAGUACACCCAACAUGAGGAUGUAAUUGUGCUUGACCAUGCAUACCAUGGGCAUCUAAUGUCCCUCAUCGACAUCAGUCCUUACAAGUUCCGUAAACUGGCAGGAAAAAAAGAAUGGGUUCAUGUGGCACCCUUACCAGACACCUACAGAGGCAUUUACAGAGAGGAUCACCCCAACCCCGGCCAAGCAUAUGCUGAUACAGUAAAACACCUAAUAGAGGAGGUGCACAGGGAUGGCCGUAAGAUCUCUGCCUUCUUUGCUGAAUCAUUGCCAAGUGUUGGAGGACAAAUCAUCUUCCCCCAAGGAUACUCCACUAAAGUUGCAGAAUAUGUGCGAUCAGCUGGUGGAGUGUUUGUGGCAGACGAGGUGCAGACAGGCUUUGGACGUGUGGGAAGUCACUUCUGGGCUUUCCAGCUGCAGGGGGAGGGUUUUUGUCCCGACAUAGUGACCAUGGGUAAACCAAUGGGCAAUGGGCAUCCCCUGGCAUGUGUGGCAACCACUGUAGAGAUAGCUGGAGCUUUCACAGCCAAUGGAGUGGAGUACUUCAAUACGUUUGGAGGGAAUCCAGUGUCCUGUGCAAUUGGACUGGCCGUGCUUGAUGUGAUAGAGGAAGAGGACUUAAAAGGAAAUGCCACCAGGGUGGGAGCACAUCUUAAAGAUUUGCUUACAAAGCUACAGUCACGACAUCAAAUAAUUGGAGAUGUCAGAGGUGUGGGACUGUUUGUGGGUCUAGAGCUGGUUACAGACAGAGAGCAGAAGACUCCUGCUACAGAAACAGCAGCAUUGGUGGUGAGGAGGUUAAAAGAGGAGGAUAAUAUCUGUGUCAGUACAGAUGGUCCCUGGGAAAGUGUCAUAAAGUUUAAACCACCAAUGUGUUUCAGUAUGGACGACGCAGAACUGACAGUAAAAUGUAUUGACCGCAUCCUCACAGACAUGGAAGCCCGUGACAUUUAAACUGGAAAAGGAAGACAUCUAUGGUGUUCAGUGCCUUUUUAAGGCAAAGGCAUCACUUCAGUCAGAUGAGAUGAAAUGUACAACAUUAAGUGAUGCCAGUUACAGCACCAGCUCGACAUUACCCCUCCUGCUGAUAAAUCAUUUCUAUAAGUUUUUGUUUCAAGAAACGAAUAAAGCUUUUAUUUCCCCAAA